UUCAACUGCACUUUAAGAUGACUUGAAUAAUGAAGAAUUGUGCUAUUAAUAACUCUACGUAGCUACAUGCGAAGUCAUUUAUAAUGUAUAGGUCAUAAUUAUUAGAAAAUACAUAUACUCCAACAGCUAGGUGCAAUAAACACGUUUGUCUUAACAUUAGGUUAUAUAGGUAUAAUGCAUGUAUGGGUGUGUCUGUGAUAAUUUAAAACUGCAUGAAUUUCCUUAUCUCUUCCAAAUAAGAGUAUGCACAUCAUUCAUUUUCUAUCAUUGCAGCAAAAGCUAUAGUGUGAUUAAUAGCUAAUUUGUGAAAGAUGGCAUCCAGAGUUCCACGUAGAAACAUCCUUAUUAUUGGCAGGACCGGAACAGGAAAAGCUUCUAUUGCAAAUGCUAUAGCUAAUAAAAGUGAUUUAUUCAAAAUUGGAUCUCCCAUGGAAAGGUCUAGAUGUCAUCAAGAAGUGUUAAUCAAAGAGUGUCAAUCUAUGGGCUUUCAUUUCAAAUUUGCUCUUGUUAAUACCAGUUCAACUCAAAAUGACCAUAAUCUGCAAACGAGUAUCUCUACUGCUUCGGAUUCUCUCAAGACUCUCAACCUAGUUCUGUUUGUGAUCAAGCUUGAACCUGUUGACAAUCACCUCAGGGAAAUUUUCGAAGAAGCUGUAUCUUGUCUUGGUCAGAAUGCUUCCACUAUCACUGCAGUUAUUGUCACUUGUUGUGACAUUGUGAAGGAUGAGGUGAUGAUAAAAGCUAAUCAAAUGCUCCAACAUUGUAUGCCACAAGUUAUUGGUUUUGCUAAGAAAAGUGUCUUUAUGGUUAGCCUGCCUCGAUUGGAAGAUGUUCACGAGUCUAUGCAUUAUAUAUGUCGUGUGAACAAGGAAAAAAAGGAGAAAAUCCUUCAAGAAUUGUGCACCCAAGCUGGAGAAGAAGUACCUUAUGGGAAACCAACAGAUCCCUUUGAAUUGUUUAGACCAGAACCAGCUGCAGUGACGACUCGGCCAUUACCCCCAUUUUAUCAGCCUCCAUCUCAGCCACAUUUUCGCAUGACAAGAAAUCUUUUGUUUUUCGGCAAAGCUGGAGCUGGAAAAUCUACCGUAGCAAAUGCUAUUCUUGGCUCUGAUUUUUUCCCUGUUGGAACGUCGAUCCAAAGCACUACUCGAAAAACAGAAAUUCACUCUACUCGUGACUUUUGCUCCAAUGGUCUUACAUACGGAGUUGCACUUGUAGACACAGUGGGCGUAGCAGAUAACCAUCCAUCAAGAUCACUUGUGGAAAGAGCAAAUCAAGGCAUCACUAUGUUUAAGUCAGUCAACCUGAUUGUUUUUGUAUUUAAGCUUGAGCGAUUUACAAAACAAGAAAGGGAUUCCUUUCAAACCGUGAUGACUCUUCUUCGCUCCAGUCCAAAUGCUUCAGCUGUUACAGCUCUUGUCGUUACUUGCUGCGACCAAAAGUCUGAACAAGCAAGGGAAGAAAUAAUGUAUGACCUCCAGAAAUCUGCAAAAAGUGUGACACAUUUUGCUCAGAAGGGGAUUUUUAUGGUAGGCCUUCCAACUUUGGAUCAGGUUCCGUCUCAAGUAAGACAACACUGUGAGCAAAACAGAAAGAUUGAUGAAAUGAAACUCCAAAGUUUGACAACAGCAUCGCAUUAUGAAGUACCGAUGAAGCCAGGAGAGAUCCAACUUCACGACAAUUCAAGUUUUGACCUGAAGAAGCUCGUUGGCUUUAACUGAUCUAAUAGCUGUGCACACUGUAGCUGAGAACUCUUAAGACUAUUAUUGUGUAGAUUUUGUGCAUGAGGUAACAAGUAUAUUAUUGUAAUCAGGGAGUGUUAUGUUAUUAUAAUAAUAAAAAUUAUGUUACAUGCAGUAAAAAUUA